AAUUGGUCUCACACGCUCCCCUACUUAAACACCUUUUGGGUUCUCUCUCAGAAGCUCUGUCAUGCAAAGUCCAUGGAUGAGUUUUCAGGAGAUUCACAGAGGUUCAAACCCUUUACAUUCUUAGACAUUGACACCAACAUGGAGCUAACAAACCAUUUUGCAGAAUUUAAUCCAAAUGGUUUGGAGAAUCUCAAUUUGAGUUUACAGAGUUUCAUGGGUUUCUCUAGUGACAAUUUCUUCCCUCAACAACAACCCGAAUUCGCGAUGCAAUUUGCUGAUAAUCUUCCUGGCCUGUAUCAUUCAAAUGGUCCGAAUGAAGCUCCAAUUGCUCACUCCAUAGCUUCAGCUGGAGAUUUUGUUCCUGAAUGUAAGAAGCAGAAAACAAUGGCAGUAUCAGAGAGUAGUUCAGGGAAUUCUUCUACCCCUGUUUCUGAAACUGGGUUGAACAGAAAUGAAAAGAUUAAGAGAAAGAAUAGCUUAGGGAGAGGAAAGAGAGGGAUAAGCAAUGACAAAGAAGGGGAGAAAUCUAAGGAGGUGAUUCAUGUGAGAGCAAGAAGAGGCCAAGCUACUGAUAGCCACAGUAUAGCAGAGAGGGUGAGGAGAGAAAAAAUCAAUGAGAGACUCAGAUGCUUGCAAGACUUGGUUCCCGGAUGCUACAAGACAAUGGGAAUGGCUGUAAUGUUGGAUGAGAUCAUCAAUUAUGUUCAGUCAUUGCAGAAUCAGGUUGAGUUUCUUUCUAUGAAGCUUUCUGCUGCAAGUUCUGCCCAUGAGUACAACCCAGAUAUGGAAGUCCUGGGAACAAUGCAGGGGACAAAUGCAUAUGAUGCACAAGAGAUGGAGAGGUUGAUGAGAGAAGGGUAUGGAGGUUUCACUUGCUUCCACUCAACAUGGCCUCUUUGACUGUCAUUGUGGCUCUGACUUCCAAAUGUCAUGGACCACGUAAUCAUGCUAUUCAUCUUCUGUUCUAUCUUCUCAAUCAACUCCAUCUCCUAUUCAUGUUAUAUACAUAGCUUAUAUGUGAAAGGAAACUUGUAAUACCACUAGUAGGGAAGGGAUUUAACUUAUGAUUCAAUAAUGAAGGAUCACUGGAUUAGUUGUAUUUGUCUUCA